AACUUAAAAAACCAUAAUACUCUGCAGUUGAUACAACCUCAAAAAGCAAGUAGGCACAAUGACGUCCGACAAACGGCAUGUCAGCCUUAGGGGAGGAUACUGUAUUCUACAGCACGUGUAAACAGAGGUUCCGGGAAGGACCCACGCAGCACACUUUAUCCUAAGGAUAUCCGAAAUUAUUACUGAGCAUGCAGGCUUCGGUUAAAUUUGGAUGUAUCGGGAAAUGUACGGCUGAUAUUCCACCUGAAGAAUUGGAUAAACUUACAGAUAAUAUAAGCAAAACUUUGUCUCAUCCGGAAAGUAGAAAAAUAUUUAAGAAGUAUCUGAAAAACGGCAGUCUUAAAACUAGCUUGGAGUGUCUAGCUUUAUAUGAAAUGUGUUCCGAGUUACUUUCUAGGGAAACAAAUCAACCACAAUUGAGUGAAUCGAAUGUGGAAUCUCUUUGCGAAGAUGUAACAAUAGUGAAGAAGACCGCUGAGAAGCUGGAUGUUCAAGAAAUUGACUUCACACUCUUGAUGCAAUUUCGCACUGCUUUAACGAAUAAAAUCAGAAGUGAACUGCUCCAAGUACUUACAAACACCAUAAAUCGAUUGCAAGAUGCUUUAAGCCACGUACACAAGAAUUUUAGACGAUACGUUCUGGAACCAUGUCCAAAAACAUUAGAUUUGAACAAAAGGAAGUAAGAGCUUAAUAGCUGUUACUUGAAGGUUAUCUCAAGUAAGAUAUUAAUGUGAAAUUAGAUGUGAGUUUUUCAGUGGAAUUACAAAUAUGUCACAUAUCAUAUGAUUUAAGUGAAAAAUUAAACCUAACUUUGUAUUUCAA